GUACUCAAGAGACUACUAACAUGACUUAGAAGAUAAAAUAUUAUUUUGAGAUAUAACUCAUUAUAACAUCGCUGACGCUUUCUAUUUUUUCUGCGAAUUAUUUUUGUUCUACUUGCUUGAUUUUUAAGAAGUGAAUUUAUUUAUUGCAUAAGGAUUAAGGAUGUUGGCCUCCAAGAAGCAUUAAAGAAAGUAGUAAAUGUUUUAUAUGUAAUUCUUCAAGCAAUUGGGGCUGGACCCCAAACAUUUUUUAUGAUAAUAUAUUAGAGUUUAGUAGCAAUUAUUGAUGCACCUGCUACUCCAUUUAAUACUUGCAUCUUUAUUUCCCUGCUUGGUUUUUCUAUUUUCUUUUAAAUUAAGUUAGACAUAUAUAUGUUGCUGGAUUCUAGUUUUGCUAGCUAGAUUCUGUGUCCACAUGAUGUGCAAUAUUUCACUUGUGUCCAUCAUCAACUUCUUUUUGCUCUUUUAUAGAGUUGUCCUACCACAACAUGUUGCUGCUUCUCACUCUACCGUUGAAUUUCUUCCUGGAUUUGAAGGUCGACUUCCCUUCCAUCUUGAGACUGGGUAUAUUGGAGUAGGUGAAUAUGAAGAAGUGCAGCUAUUUUAUUAUUUUCUUAAAUCAGAAACAGAACCCACAAAAGAUCCUGUUUUGGUUUGGCUCUCAGGAGGACCUGGUUGCUCUUCCUUUACUGCACUUGUUUAUCAAAUAGGGCCCUUGUAUUUUGAGCCAAACGAGUAUAAUGGGAGCCUUCCAAAGCUAACAUUGAAUCCAAACUCAUGGACCAAGGUAGCUAACAUAAUAUUCUUGGAUCAACCUGUGAAUAGUGGCUUCUCCUAUGCAACAACUUCAACAACAUUCAAGUCUACUGAUCUACAAGCAUGCGACCAUAUCUACCAGUUUUUGCGAAAGUGGUUGAUUAAGCAUUCAGAGUUCAUUAGGAAUCCAAUGUACAUUGGUGGAGAUUCAUAUUCUGGCAUCACUGUUCCGGUUAUCACUCAACUAAUAUCAAAUGGAAUUGAAGCAGGGCACAAGCCAUCGAUUAACCUUAAGGGAUAUAUACUUGGGAAUCCUAGCACGUUUCCUCUUCAAUAUAAUUACUGGAUUCCUUAUGCUCAUGGAAUGGGACUUAUCUCCGACGAAUUUUAUAAGUUACUGUUGGAAAAUUGUAACGGGGAAAAUUUACAAUAUGUUGACCCCAGCAAUGUUUUGUGCUAUCACCACUACCAAACUUUCGAACAGUUGAUUAGUGGAAUCAAUAAGCCACACAUCCUAGAGCCCUCGUGUGGUUCUGAUGCAGAAUCUCAAAGAUCAUUUCGAUUGUUUGGAGAAAGAAGAUCUCUUUAUGAAAAUUAUUCCACUAAGUGCCGUGUUGAGGUGCACAGGUUAUCUACUUACUGGGCAAAUGAUCCAAGAGUACAAGAAGCUCUUAAUGUUCGUAAGGGAGCUAUAACAAGAUGGACAAGAUGUAGGCAAAGUAUCGUGAAUAAAACUUACACUAUUACUUUUCAAGAUAGCAUACCUUAUCAUGUGGAACUCAGCAAAAAACUUUAUCGAUCACUUAUAUACAGUGGGGAUCAUGAUAUGGGUAUUCCAUUCCAAUCAACUCAAUUUUGGAUAAAAUCUCUAAAUUAUUCUAUUGUGGAUGAAUGGCGGCCAUGGCUUUUUGAUGGUCAAGUUGCAGGUUAUACAAGAUCCUAUUCCAACCAGAUGACAUUAGCAACUGUCAAGGGAGCAGGACAUGUAGCUCCUGAGUACAAGCCCAAAGAGUGCUUUACCAUGUUUCAAAGAUGGUUAUCUCAUGAACCACUUUGAAUUUACUAUCAGAAGCAACGAGGUAAGUAAAUGAAAGGAGCUGGAGCUGGAGCUAGAGCUUAGUGUCUUGACCCGCCACAUCAUCAUGCCACGUAGGUGCCAAUUGGCAUAUAUCAAUGCCAUGUGGAAGCUUACAUAGGAGGGAGGGUAGCAUUUGUGAGAAGAUUUUAGAGAAGUAUGGACAUUUCCUUUUGAAGACCCUAGAUCCUUAUGGAAUUGUUAGGAAAGUCCUUGGAAUCUUCUAGACUUGUAGAAAAUUCUAGAGGGUGUACUUAUUUGUAAAUAUGGAAGGACUUGUGGAAGAAUUAUUAUUUACCCACUAGCCCCUAGGUGAUUAGUAUAAAUAGGAGGGGCAUUCAUUUGUAA